AUGAAGAGUAGUUUAGCCCAACGGGCAGCCAAAGGCAGUUUGAGGGUAUACCAGGAGUAUUGGCCUUUAGAUGGCUUAAGUGUGGAUACUAGUAGAAGUAGUAGAAGUAGCAGAGGUAGCAAUGCUGAGGAAGUGAUGGACUUUUCCAGCAAUGAUUAUUUGGGAUUGGCCAGAGACUCUGCACAGCAAGCGCUAGUAGAAUCUCGCUAUCAGAGUCUCCUUGGUACAAAUGCUACGCUGGGAUCCACGGGAUCAAGAUUGCUUUCUGGGGAUUCUCACUAUGCCCGUCAGUUGGAACACAGACUGGCUAAGUGGCACAAUCGACCCUCUGCUUUGCUCUUCAAUUCGGGCUAUGAUGCAAACUUGGCAGUCUUGUCUUGUCUCCCUCAAAUUGACAAAUUCCUGUUUGAUGAGUUUGCACACAACAGUCUCCACAUGGGAAUGAGACUGUCACGCUCCAGGAGAAGCAGAAAUCAUGAUACUGCAAGUACAAGUACUAGCACAAUAUUGAAAGAACACAAGGAAAGAUUCAGUCACAACAACGUACAAGAUUUGAGGCAAAAACUACAAAAAACGUCCAACAAACUCAAUAAUGUCCUCAUUGUGGUAGAGAGUGUCUACAGCAUGGAUGGCGAUGUGGCACCCCUCCGAGAAAUGCUAGAUCUAGCACAUGAAUUCGAAGCUCUUGUACUGGUUGAUGAAGCUCAUGGCAUUGGCGUUUUUGGAGAUGAUCAAGGCAGCAAGAGCUCACGAGGAACCGGUGUUCUCGCACAGCUUCAUCUCGAAAAUCAUCCCGCUCUGGCAUGUUCCGUUCAUACCUUUGGAAAAGCGGCAGGUUGCCACGGAGCCGUGGUGUGUGGAUCCAACACACUGCGACAAUAUCUUUGGAAUUAUGCCUGGCCUUUGGUAUAUUCCACAUCUUUGCCACUGCAUUCCUUGGUCGCUAUCGAAUGCUCGUACGAAACCAUGACGAGUGUUAGAGGCAAGGCUUUACGGGAGUACACUCAAAAUCUAGUGGCUUUCUUUCGAACACUGGUCCAAGAAUACAUCAUUGAUCGACAGAUCCAACGGCUAUUAUAUUUGCUACCAUCCCUGUCACCCAUUCAGGCACUCGUGCUACCACAGAAUGGAAAUCAAGCCUGUACUCAGUUUUGUGAGCACGUAUGGCAGAAAUCAAACCAAACAAUUCGCUUGUACCCCAUCAAAUCACCCACGGUCCCAGUAGGAAAGGAACGGAUACGGAUCAUUCUCCAUGGACACAACCGCAAAGCUCAGGUUCAAAGGCUCGUGGAAUGCAUGGCUCAAAGUCUGGUCGAAAUGAACCUUUUGCCACCCACUUCCAAAUUGUAA